GCUCCGCGCCUCUCCGCACGGCAGCGCGGCCCCGCUCCGCGCGAUGCUGCCCGGGCGCUCCCCACACCGCUGCGCCUGAGGCGGGCGCGGGGCGGCCAUGCAGCCCUCGCUGCUUUAGCUGAGCGCGGCGCUCGGCCCGGAGCCCGCGGCCACCCCCCGGCGGCACCGGCAGCACCGGCACCAUGAGGAACGGCGAUGACCUGGAAGGCUUCGACGGCGAGGCGUCCAGCGCCUCCAUGAUCUCGGCGGCCAGCAGCCCCUACCAGCCCACCACGGAGCCCGUCAGCCAGCGCCGCGGGCUGGGCGGCCUGCGCUGUGACCUGGACUACCUGCGGGGCACCUUGGGCAGGCUGAAGGUGGCCGAGGUGCUUUUGGCGCUGACGGCGUUCAUCUGCAUAGAGACCAUCAUGGAAUGCUCCCCCUGCGAGGGCCUUUAUUUCUUUGAGUUCGUCAGCUGCAGUGCUCUCGUGGUCACCGGCGCUCUCCUGGUUUUGUUCAGUCUCAGCCUUCACACAAGAAUACCCCAGAUCAACUGGAAUCUCACUGAUCUGGUCAACACUGGACUCAGCACUUUCUUCUUUUUCAUUGCCUCUGUAGUACUGGCUGCUUUAAACCAUAAAACUGGAGCAGAAAUUGCUGCUGUGGUGUUCGGGUUCCUGGCCACGCUGGUGUUCGCGGUGAACGCGGCCGUGGCGGUGCAGCGCUGGCGGCUGGGCCGGCGGCAGCAGAGCCGCCCGAGCAGCGAGUACGUGCGCGCCCGCAGCGAGUCCCGCGAGGUGGUGCACCGGCCCGAGAUCCAGCGCCUGGACGCCUGAGGGCCGCCCCAAGGGAAAAACAGCGCCCAGCUCCCUCACGGAACAAGGCUUUGGCUUGAUUUGAGCAGGAAAAGGUGCUUCGAGGCUGGCGAGGAUGCCCAGCCCUGCACGCGUGCGGAGAUGUGUUGAGCCGGAAGCUGCUGUCAUGGAGGCAGAAAAUGGUGGUGGUUCCAAAGGAAGAUCCCCUCAAGGCCUCCGCAUAGACACGGGCAUAUAUUAUAUAGCUCCCAGAAUAUAUAGUAUAUGUCUGUUCUGAAGUGUGUCACUGCUUUGGAUUACGUGCACAGAGCUCCCUUCCCUCUCUGGAGAUGCCCUGCUCCUGCAUCUGCCCCGGGGACGGAGCAGCCCUGCCCGGCUGUGAGGGAGGAGAUGGAGCCCCAGCCGUGCCAAGGAGCCAGGGGCACUCAGCAAUAACUCAGCCAGCGGGGCCUGUCCGUCCCAGACUGUGUCUGUCUGUCUGUCUGCUCCUGCCCUGCGCUCUGCCCAGCCGCCUGCCUGCUGGAAGCCGUGCCGGAGUUGUGCUGGUGCUGGGCAGGGCCCUGGCCGAGCCGGGGGCACCGAGGGCACGGAGCUGCUGCCUGCUCCUGUCCCGACACAUUCCAGUGUUCAUUCCAAAGUGGGAAGAUAAAUGUGUUUAGGAGAUGGGGUGCAGAAAAGGGGCUUAAGGGGCACAGUAGAGAGCGAAGGGGUUGUCAUCCUACAGACUUACAUUCCAGCUGUGGCUUUCUUUUUCUUUUUUUUCCCCCCUUUUUUCCUUUUUUUUUUUUUUAAGGUUCAGCAUUUCCAGAAAUUUUUGCUGGAACUUGCUUUCCCUCUAAGCCCAGGGUAAGCAAGAACUAGCAAAAAUGUAUGUGCUUUUAAAGUGUUCCUAAGGUUGCAAUGUUGUGAUUCAUGUAAGGUAAAUAUUUCUUUUUGGAAGGAUGGUUGUUCUAAAAUUAAAACUUAAUUGGUGGUAGGUGAACCUGAUUUUUAUUUAACUGGGUGUUUCUGCAGAUUUUUUUCCCCUUAGGAUUCUUUGAAAAAUGAAUUUAGCUAAUUGGAAAAUAAUAUGAUUGUAUUGAUUUGUUUAGAAAUAGUUUUACUUAGCUGAAGGUUUUUUUUUUUAAGUUUUCCUUGUACUUCCAGUGAAUGAAUUACAUUUUCUCUACUCAGAACUCAAAUUCAGCAGUAAUGGGCUAGAUAAUGUCACAAUAUUAUUAGGAAGAUGUCUCUUGAUAUUUUCCUGUUUCUUUGGUGUUUUCAUCUCUUCACUGCAUUAUUUGGCAUUUGUGUGCCUGAGUGAAGACGGUACGUGUGGGAGGAGAUCUCUAGAACUGAACUCCUUUGUGGUGUGAGGAAAAUGGAAAUCUGUGCAAUUAUUGGGAUGGUUUGCCGUGUGUGACUGGGUUUGUGUGUCCUGCUGGAGCUGCCCUGCUCAGGUGAGUGCAGCCCUGGAGCCUUAAGGACAAUGUGGGUGAGGUGUUUACCACAAAAACCAAGUCACACCAAACAGGAGAUCAGAAGUGCCUGGGCUUUUAUAGUGCUGGAGGGAGCUGGGGUAGUGGAAGUGUGAACCUAAUGCUGCAGUGUUCAAAUUGAGCUGCAGAGAAUUAUUUUGACGAGUGAAAAGGUGACAAAGGUGAUGCCUUUCCAUUUUCAGUGUAUUGACAUCUGUAGUGCAUUUCACCUCAGUGGCUGAGAAGAAGAUUAAAAUUCAGAGUUACUGAUGAGGUUAAGGAAAAUUUGCAUUUUUGUAGUGAUUGAUGGUUUACCAGUUCCUACAGUAACACUUUAUUCCUGCAGCUGGGAAUGCCAGGAUACAUUACUCACAUUGUGCCCUGAGCCUAGCACAGCUCUCAGGUGGAAUCCAAAAGAGAACAGUAAUUUUAAAAACACUCUCUGAUUCACUUUGUGAAACAAAUGUAAAUGUGUAAUUUCCUUAUUUUUGGGACCAAAGAUGAUUUUAGUAUUGUAUAGUAUAUACUUUCUAAAAAAUCUUAAGCACUUACAGCUCUGCAGAGACAUUAUUUACUAUUUGGAUUAUAUAGAAGGGAAAUAAAGUAGCUGUGAGAGACAACUACAUUUGAAAUAUUAAGAUCAUUUGAUGUAUCCAUUUCCCCUGAGUUAAUUUUACACAGUAUAUUGGAGAGGUACUUCUUUAAGACUGUUACUUAAACUGCAGUCACACAAAAAACCCUUAAGGAAGAGAAGAGGAUAGAAAGUUUAAUUUUUUUUAAACUUGCUUAGAGAAGUGACAUUAAAUUGCUUCUCUCAGCCAGUUAGUCUUGCUUGUAAUUGCUAACACACAGGGAUAAUUUCUUUUUGUCCUUAAGGGUGCUGUUUAGCUCCAUAAAGGGACUCAAACCCCACUGUAAAUAGAACUAAAUGAAAGCAAACAGCUGAGGUUGGUAGGAGCAGGAUGCUUGAAACAGUGAGGGUUUGGAUGGGUGCCCUUUGGUCAGAGUUUGUGUGUAUUUCUGGGUGUAGAAAUGACUGAAUUGUGCCCUGUGCAGGCAUCCAGUGUGUGUUACCCAGGGAGCUCUGCCUGGAGCUGCUGUCAGUGCUGCAGGAGCCCCUUUGCCUGUCCUGCUCUGCUGGGCUUGGUGCCACGUCCUUGAGCUGUGCAGGCAGCCCCAGGGGAGCUCCCUCACGUGUCUGAGUAAAGCCAAUCCCUUCUUCUUUCCCCCUUUUCCCUUCAUCUGGAAUAUUCGUGCCUCAUGGAUCAAAUGCUUUAAUAUUUAAUUCUUGCUAAGCCUCUGUUGGUCUGUGCAGUGCCAGGAAGAUCAGAAUGUGUCCAAUGUCCCUUGGUGUCAGCUGUGGUGCUCUUCCCUUUCCUGCUGGCUGGGUGUUGUUGCUGUGGGCCUGUGGAAUGCUGGGGCUGCUCUGAGAUUCCUGGAGGGAAUUUGGGAGGGUGGAGUGACCUCCCUGUGCCUUCUGAGACAGGCACAGGCCCCAGGGAGCUGAGGUUGCUGCUCACUCAUUCAGGAGCACAGCAUCAGCACAGAUCUGUGCCUUGGCAGCAGCUCCUCACCCUUCACUUUAAGGUGUUUUUUACAUGGGAUUUCAGUAAAGGAGCAGUGUGCUGCUCUUUGCUUGGCUUUGUCACUGUUGUGACAAACACUUCCCAGGGUUUGUUGGUCACUCUGGUCUCAUGGCACGCUCUGGCAUUGUUUCAGCUCUCUACAUUCCAUUGCUGCUCCCAGAAAGGGGAGGGAAAGGUUCCCACUCCUCCCUGGGUAGCAGUUUAUGUCCCCCUGUGGAUUUCUGUCCGUGUCCAUGUGAUUUCCCUCCCACCAGGGCAGAGCCAGGGGUUCAUGGAGUGCUGAGCACACAGCAGGGACAGGAUCUGCUGCCCUGGACUGUUCUGCCUCAGUUAAACACCAGCUUUUUGUGAGCUUUAAGGUCCCUAAGUGAAUUUGGUCACCUCUCCACUCUUUUGGGGAUGUGCAGGCACAGCAAAUUGUUACCCAAUCUGUGGCUUGAUUAAUGCAAUUCUUUCUUCCUCCCUCUUCCUUAGGCCUCUUUCUGUAUCUGUUAUUUUCUUGUCUCAUGUCAUGUUGUAAUAAUUUCUACUUGUUUUCUUUCACGAGAGAAAAAAAAAACCUGACCAAAAAUCUAAAAUAAGCAAGAAUAAUUUUUAUUUUCCCUGUCAGCCACUUGGCCACCUUGAUAGAUCUGCUUGACCUAGUCAGAGUGGUGCUGUCCAACCUGAAAGGGUUCCCUUGUUUUGGGUUUUUUUUUUUUGGGUUGUAUUUUAAAAAUCUGUCUAUAAUUUAACCAUUUGUAUGCUAAAAAUAAUCUUUAAAAAAUCUACUUACACUGUGAUUUUUGGUAGCCUUUAAUUUAGAGUAUACAACACAAUCUAAUUUUCUUUUGGGAUAUGCAGCUUUCAGAAGUGUUCUUAUAUAUGCCCAGAAAUGAAAGUUGUCUAUUUAUCAUAGGAAUGUGAUUAGAUAAAGUAACCUAUCCAGAAUCCCAGUGCAGCUCUUUCAUAUGUGCUGGAUGGACUAGUUAGUGAAAUUGCCUUUUAAUCUCUAUGGGUUAAUAAAUAUUUUUUUAUAACUAGCCACAGAUAUUCCUUUUUAAAUUAUACUUGGCAAACAGAAGAUAUUUAAUUUUAUAUACAAUAUACAUAGUUACCUUGAUUGACAUAUUUAUAACAUAGAGCUUUGUGUUUACUAUGAAGGUUUUAUCUGUAUCCCAUGGACUUCAUGGGUGAAACUUUGAAAAGUCAGUUAGCAUUUAUGGAAGGUUGUGGGAACUUUCUCAAUGGCUUCACAGUGAGGACAGAGGAGCAUUUAAAAGGCAAUAGCCAGAUUGUUUUACAGAGUAUCUUAUUUUUUGAUUGGGGCUGGUCCCUGCAGCUAUUUUAAUAACAUCUGGAUGUGAGUAACAGAAUGGAAUAUGAGCAUCUGCCUCUUCUGGCUGGCACAGGCUAUUGUCUAGAGCACAGGAAAUUUCAGGGUAUUGUAUUGUUUUGCUUUGGACAAAUGUCUCAAUAGACCUAUUUAAUUAAAACCUUCAUGUGUCUGAAAGAAAACAUCCUCCCUUAACUAGGCUGAUUUAUCACUUUUGGUACCCUUUUAAUCUCAAAAGUUGUGUUGUCUAAUAUUUUAAGUGAUGUUCCAGCUAUCCUGAUGUCUGCAGGUUAAAGUGGUCCUGGCUAGCACCCUUUUAUUACAACAAUUGCUACCUUCAUUUUUCUACUGUUUCUACUUUAAUCUUGAAUGUUUACCAGUUUCUAUUGUUGGAUCUUGUGGAGGGAGAGUCUCUUAGCACUACAGCUCAUCCAGCUUUAACUCAUUCAUCACAGUCCUGGAGUAAGAAAAUAUUUUGAAAUAUAUAUUGUGGCCAAUUUAUUGCAUUUUAAAAUGACUUCUAUACUUAAGACACAACAUUUAUGACAUAAUAGGACGAAUGACUUAGCUAAUCAUUGUAUCUGUCUAGACUUACUCUCUUUUGUGUUAGUGUCAUUUUGAAACUAUUUGUAUAUGUUGAAGUUUGUAAGGGUUCAGGAACCCACAAUGAAAUAGUAAAGUAUGUAUUUAUUUCUCAUGAUAAUGCUCAAAUUUGAUUUGGAAGUUGACACUUUGUAUGUCUUUUCACAGAAUUGUAAACAAAUACCGAAAAACUGCUUCACCUAGGGUGCCUUCCAUGUGUGGUACUAACACUUGUCAUUCACAGGAAUAGAGAUGUAAAUUUAUGAAUCCAGCAAACACUAUUUUUGUAAUGUGAGUCACUGACACAGCUCUGGCCUCGCUGUGCUUUGUUCCCACCACCACCAGGUUUGUGGCUGCUGUGUCCCUGCCUUCCCUCCAUGUGCCCUGGGUCUGAUCCUGGGCAGCCACAGCUUGUGUCUCCUUUGCUCUGCCCCCGGGCACAUUCCUGGGGCUCCAGGUUCUGCUCCUUGGGCCGUGUGAGGGAUGCUCAGGGUGGGGUGUCUGUGUCCUCAGGGCUGAUCCUGGCUCCCUUAGACCGACUGCAGCCCAAUCCAAACAUUCCAAUUCUAGCUCAUCAUUUAUGAUUUACAGCUUCUGAGGAGGGAGCAUCCAGGCCUGACCAAAAGACUUUAUCUCUCUGGGUUACAGGUGCUGUAUUGACAGGUUUGUAAUUGCAAACAGCUCAGAGGAAUUAUGGAAUCACCAGGUUAGAAUUCUAUUCAGGCUGAGCAAAGGGGAUGCAAUUUUCCUUUUUUCAUGAGCACAAAUCUGCUGUGCAAUACCCUUGGUACUCUGGAGUUACAGAACCCUUGGUGCAUCUCUGAGUGGUGCCAGGGCAGCGCCCAGCUGUGUCCUGCCCUGGCAGUGCCCCCUCACCCAGAGCUGCCCAGGGCUGUGGGGCUCCAGCAGGCAGCACGUUCCCCUGGAGCCAGCUCACAGCCCUGGAGAGUUCCCGCUGUCCUGCAGAGCUGGGGCUGCAGCAGCUGCUCCAGCCAAGGUGGUGCCUGCAGCUGGGAGCACCUUCCUGCCUGCCCACUGCUGAACUCCCUGCUGGCACACUGCAGCUGCCAGCCUGCCUGGGAAAGGAGUCCUGGGAAUGCCUGACCAAGCUCAAAGGCAGGUACUCGACAAGAAAACACAACCUCCUUGUGUAGCUUGUUUCUACACCAGUAACCAUCUUUCAGUUGUUCAGUUCUUUCUUUGGUGUCUGUGCUAAUCAAAAAACACAAGCUGAAGAAUUGUAAAGUCUUGCAAUACACAAAGCAGUCUUGGUUUUAAAAUCCAUGCUGUUGCAGCAUAAUUUAAAUGGUGUAUUUAUCAGUUUUAAAUGUCAUUUUGCUUUUCCAGUCUUUUGUAUAUGGGCACAAUACUUUUUGUAAAUUUUUUUUUAUUUAGUUGUCUUUCAUGUCUUUUCUUUCUGGUACUGGAAGAUUUGAGCUCUCUGGGUUUUCACGGUACUCUUCUGAUCAUUCUUCAUAGUGGUAAAAGUCUGUAUUUUUGUAUGUAGGAGAAAUGGAAGUUUUCUAACACUUAUCCCAAUCAAUAUAGUACGAAAUCAUUUGUGAAGGACUUCCUGUU